AACUCACAGUUGGGUGUUGAGUUAUUUUUUAAGCUACUCAGAAAAUCAAAUGUAGACAGAACCAAAUGGGGUUGAGAGCGAGAGGUGUGGGGGCAUUGCCAAACCUCAUUCGAAGCCUCCGGAAGGAAGCCCACCCAAAGCAACAAUCACUUCCGUCUCUGAGGCGCGGCUUCUCUCUCUACGAUCAGAUCAAUCUCAUCGACAACGUCCCUGAUGACCAGCUUCGCUUUCAACGGUACACUGAGACAGGAUUCAGAGUGAAUGGGGUGGACUAUGAAGGAAGCUUGCUUUGUGUUGGAAAUAUGUUGAUGUCUUGGGCUCCCACCAAAUUCUCUCAUGUCACUCCUGAUAGCUUAUCAAUGUUCCAAAUCGUGCGGCCUAUACCUGAGAUUUUGAUUCUUGGCACUGGGAGAAACAUUGAACCCGUAGAUCCUGAACUACGACGCUUCAUUCGCUCUACGGGAAUGAAGUUGGAAGCCGUUGACUCGAGAAACGCCAUAUCAACUUACAACAUACUGAAUGAGGAAGGUAGGAUUGUGGCUGCUGCGCUUUUACCGUACGGAGCUUCUUAAUGGUGCCUUGACCCAGUGCAAGAUGAGUGCUUUCUGCGUCCUAACAAUCAAUCUUCUUCCUCACUAGGUACAUCAAUUUUCGUAGUGUAGUUAAGGUGGUCUGUUGCUGCUGUAUGCAUGCUCAAGUAAUUCAUUCUGAUAUGUUAAGCAUAUCUCUAUGGUAGAUACCCUCGAGGCUAUGUUAAAAAUCUUACUGCAGAAGUUCGUGAGAAAAAAAGAGACUAUUCUUGCGGAAAUUUUCCGAAUAAAAUCAUCAAUCAUCUUGAAGUUCAAGUAUAUUCCAAUAUGAAUAAAGUUGGAAUUUGUGAAA